AAAAGUACAAAUAUAUAUCACAAAACAACAAUUGUAGACAUAAACUAAAAAUCGCAAUACAAAUAAUAAAUUAUUUGUAAUCUGACAGAGUGCAUUAACAACAGACCCAAAUUAAAUACGCAAUUUUCUACUUAAUCCAGUUUUUUUUUUUUGUCGUCAUUCAACCAAGUGAGAAAGUAGAAGCUAACAUGGACUGUGGAAAUGAGAUGCAUCAACAGUUCCUCAAGGAUUUCAUACAAUCGCUGCAGGCUGGCAGCGACGAUAGUUAUAGUUUAAGCGAAUCCUCGUUAAAUCCCAAUGCGGCGGAGUUUGUGCCCUCGUAUCUGAAGAGCGAGGAUGAGGAGUGUGCUCCAUAUGAGGAUAAUUGCCAGGCGAAGGUGGCCACAGACGAGGUGACGACGUCGACGACAACGCUGGUCAGACAAGAGAUUGUGGGCGAUAAUCUGCACAUAUCACAACUGGAUGCUCAGAGUCGCAUUCAGCGACAGCUCUUCAAUAUGAUGGAUCAAUUGGGCAGUCACAAUUUUCCCCUCUCCGCAAUACAAUUCAAUCUCAGCUCGGAUGCACAGGGCAUCAAUGUGCAGUUCAUGAUGCCAGGAGGAGCAAGUAGGCCACUGUGGGAUGACAAUCUCUGUCUGGCAUCUGGACUUCGUGUGGAGAUCGGCAAUCAUGAGACUCGGCCAGGCAAUGCCCUGGCUGCUCAAUUUCUUAGUCGCAUGUGUGCAGCCCUCAAUGGCAAGAGUCAACAAACGAAGGAGCCAUCGAUCUGUCCCCGAUGUACGGCUCUUCCCAAGAAGCACAGUUACACCGAGUUGGAAAUUGAGCGCCAGAUUGAGGACAUUAAGGCCUUUGAGAAGCUGAUCAACAAUGAUGGUGGCACACGCUAUCAGGAGGCCUUCAAGGAGCUCUGCCACAAACUGGGAUUGGCGACACCCGAGGAGCAAUUGGUCAAUUCUGGAAUUUCGGCAGCUCCAAUGCCCAUCAAAACCAACGAUUCCGAACUCAUCACCAAAGAUCAUGACAUAUGCUACAAUGAAGAUGAAGAAUUGUCAGGAUACGACUGGGAUUCGUUUACGCCAGAAUUUAAUCACAUGAAGGUCUAUAGGUUGACGGAUGUCAACGAAUCGGAUAUGAUAAGAGAGGCAGAUGAGGAACAGUUAUCAUCUAAAGAGGAUUUCGAACUGAAUGUGCCACCAAGCACCCCAGCCAUGUCCACGACCAAAACCAAUGUGAGCUCCGUCUUCCCCAAGCUCUACAAAGUAGCCCAGAAGAAGUGCAUCAACAAUGCCCGCAAGACAGCCAUCCACAAGGAGAAGGAAAGCAAAUUGCAGAGAUGCCGCAUAACCUCACCAAGCAGAGGAGUCGUGCCAAGUGGACCAACAAGUAAAAAGCAAUCAGAGCCACUCUGCGUCACGGGCAAUCGUCCUAAGACACAUGUCCGAGAAUUGCCACCCAAAUCUGGUGUAGUUAGAAACCACAUACCCGACAUGGCGGACAGUCAAAUUCUAAAGUCCAAUUGUAAAAUAGAGGCAAGUUCCCGAGUCAAAAAUCAGCAAACAUCGGAGCAAGUUCAUGUUAACAAACAUAGUAAAGCAGCCACCUUGCCACGGGCAACAGGUAACACUGGCGCAGGACAAAUGCAGAGCACAAAACAGAGUCAAGCAGGAGCAGUUCCAAGAGUUGUGGCGCCACGAAUGACACAGGCCUCAAAGAUGCGGCAAUCAGAGGUGAAGCGCCGCUUAAGCCUAAUGCGAGGGGAAGACACUGACGUCCAAUUUAAUGAGUAUCUGUUCAAAUGAGCUAGUUCCACUUAUUUGUAUAUGUAUGUAUUGUAGUUAUUUUAGUUUGACAGCCGCAGCCGUAUUCUUAAAAAUUUGUUAGGUUGUUAGACAUUCUAAAAAACAACUAUAAAUCAGUCAAAUGAUCUUAAGCUGUGUGAGAUAACAAAUAAUGUUAAGUAUUCAUUAGGAAAAAAUAAUAUACAUACUUUGUUGUAAACAAAUAGCAAAACCAAA